UGAAAAGUGCAAUAGUUCUUACAUGUAUAUACGUAAUAUACUUAUCUACUGCAUGUGAAAAAACCAUCUGGAAAAUAUUAGUCAUUCUGAAUAAGAUUGAUAUAAGUCUAGCUGAUAGUGAUUAACUUUUAUUCCUGCAUUUACAAAUUUUGAGAUGCUACUUUUUGUUUGUAUACUCGGUCUAUUUUCUGCCACGUCUGCAGCAGUAGUUCCGAAACCAUGCUGUGCAAAACAUCAAAUGACAGCUGAGCUUGUUCAGAUCACUGGAUCUUACACAAAUGGUACUCCUGCCACAGUGGAGGCAGCAAUAAAAAUACAGUAUGAUUACGAUACUAUGAUGGUAAAAUUGGAACAAGCUGAUGGAACAACUAUCAUUCAGGAUUUUAAUAAAACACAGCAGUAUACAAUAUCUGGAAAAUCAUGUCGUAAAGACAAAAUACCUACAGACAUACAACUACAACCACCAUGUGUACCAAGUAAUGCUACAUACAGAGGAAGAAGAACUAUCGGUGAUGACGUCACCUAUGAUGUUGACACGUGGUUUAUUGCGGGAACCCCAUGGGGAAAUAUAACAGUUUCUGUGAUGGCUCACGACUGCACACCAGUUAUGCAAGGAACCAGUACCAAUGAAAAUAAUGUUGUGUCACAAACAACAGUAUUUUACCACAACGUACAAUUUCCAACUCUAGCCGCCACUACAUUCCAAGUACCACAACCUUGUCCUGGGCAUUGAACAUUGAAAGACAGACUAUAUUAAUUUCAGAUGAAUAAAACAAUGUGAUGA